GAAAUUGGAUUAAGUAAAACCUUGAAAGGUAAAUCAAUAGACAAACGCUACUAAAAUGUUCAUAGUAAAGAUGAUAGGCCAGAUUUUGCUCUUUGGAGUGGAAAGUUUCUGAUAAAAGUAGGUUUAGAUCUGGAGAUGUGCGAAUCUCAGRGCACCUGCAAACAAAUAUUUUUUUCCUGACGUUUCGCGAACACGAGUGGCAAGCGUUUUCAGAAUGGAGCUGCGCGGAGCAAACAAUCUUCGAAGAUGCAAGCCAGUCGUGCUUAAUUUUACUUAUCACUGUUUCUCAGAAACGCCAAAGUUUGUUAAUCUCAGGCUCCCYCAGAGCCGGUUUUGGGCUAUUGAGGUCKAUGAAGAAACAUAAAAAGUUGGGAACGAUUAUCCGAUGGGACGAUUGAUCGAAGCCCUGUAUAAUAAUGCUUGUUAUUUUCAUGCCAAUACAAUAAAUUAUUAAUCCAUGUCCAACAUAUGUGUGUGUUCAAUGAGGAAAUCCUAGCAACGUUUAAUUGGACUAUUUUCGCAUCGCAAUGUAAAACUAUUAAUAACUUGGCCAUUUAAGAACGACUAUUAUUAAGCAUUAUUUGUCCCCGUUCCUGCAACUAUUGCCCAUUUUUUUCGGGGAUCAAAUCAACUGUCCGUUUGAGACAUGAAGAAAAACCAGAAUUUCCUAGUGGAAAGUGGCUGAUGCGAAAACUCACAGUUUUCCUGCCACCUUGUUCAAAUGAGGAUUUUCCGAUACAGCGACGCUUUUAACUAUAAGAGCGCACCGGAAAAAUGAAGAACAAUAACAUUGUUGCUGGGGGUUUUUUCAGCAUUUUUCUCUUAAAUGUGGCUGAUAUUUGUGGGCAAACUACUCAAAAUAUCAACGUCAUUUUUGCCAACGAAGAAGGGAACUUUGUAGCAGACAAAGCUGUAACUGUAGCUUUGAACUACAUCAAGAAAACAUCGAAGUUAGGCCUUAGCGUGGAUUUGAGGCGUGUGGUUGGCAACAAAACCGAUUCCCAAAAUGUUUUGGAUUCGUUGUGCGCAGCGUAUCAACAAAUGCUGGACGAUAAUAAUCCUCCUCAUUUGGUCUUGGAUGCUACCAGAGCUGGACUUGCAUCCGAAACUGUUAAGUCUUUUACAGCAGCGCUAGGAAUACCUACAGUAAGCGCUUCCUAUGGCCAGCAGGGGGAUUUAAGACAGUGGCGUAACUUGCAGCCCAACGAAGAAGAAUACUUGGUCCAAAUCUCACCUCCUGGUGACAUUAUUCCGGAAAUGGUGCGCACUUUGGUGCUCAACCAGAACAUCACAAAUGCCGCUAUUCUGUUCGAUGAUUCUUUUGUUAUGGACCAUAAGUACAAGGCCCUGCUGCAGAACGUGGCUACUCGUCAUUUAAUCGACGAAAUCAAUGAAGACGUGAACAAAAUCCCUGAUCAUCUGGAGAGUUUGGUGAAGCUGGAUUUGAAGAACUUUUUUGUAUUGGGCAGCUUGCAGACGAUCAAGAAUGUGCUGGAGGCUGCCGAGAAAAAGAGCCUCUUUAACCGAAUGUUUGCCUGGCAUGUCCUGACCAAGGAUCCGGAUGAUUUGAAAGCUUCCAUCAAGAACGCAACAAUCAUCUUCGCCAAGCCGAUUGUUAACAAUCUGUAUCAGGAUCGGCUUCGGAAUAUACAGACCACCUACCAACUAUCCAGCGUCACUCCUGAAAUCGAGGCCGCUUUUUACUUUGAUGUGGCUCUGAAAGGGUUCUUGGCUGUGAAGGAAAUGUUACUGGAUGGCUCCUGGAAGAAGAACAACGUCACCAACUACGUCACUUGCGACGAUUACGAACCCAAGUACAGCCCCAAGCGUUUUAAUCUCAAUCUACGCUCCUAUUUGCAGAAAGAGUCCUCUGAACCACCAACUUAUGGCCCAUUCGCGAUUGAAUCCAAUGGAAUGAGCUUCAUGGAGUUUUCCAUGGCAUUAUCAGCGGUGUACGUGCGGUCAGGGGCGUCCGACAAGUCUCUUCCAUUAGGGACGUGGCAUGGAGGGUUCAAUAACAACAUGACCCUACUCACCCCCAAAGAUAUGAAAAACUAUACUGCUGAUGUCGUUUACAAGGUUGUAACUGUGGUGCAAAAGCCCUUUAUAUAUAGAGACGAUACCGCGCCCAAAGGUUUUAAGGGCUACUGCAUCGAUUUGAUAGACGAAAUCGCCAAAAUUCUGCACUUUGACUAUGAAAUCGACGCCGUGGCCGACGGUAUGUUUGGAAAUAUGGAUGAAAAUGGCAAGUGGAAUGGUAUUAUAAAGGAUUUGAUAGAGAAAAGGGCGGACAUCGGAUUGGGAUCCUUGUCGGUGAUGGCUGAAAGAGAGAACGUGAUUGAUUUUACCGUGCCGUACUAUGAUUUGGUGGGAAUUACAAUUUUGAUGAAAAUGCCUGAAACGCCGACAUCACUGUUCAAGUUUUUGACCGUUUUGGAGAAUGAAGUGUGGCUGUGUAUUCUGGCCGCGUAUUUCUUCACCAGUUUCCUAAUGUGGGUUUUCGACCGCUGGUCCCCUUACAGCUACCAGAACAAUAGGGAAAAGUACAAAGACGACGAGGAAAAGCGCGAGUUUAACUUGAAAGAGUGUCUCUGGUUCUGCAUGACAUCACUAACGCCCCAAGGUGGAGGCGAAGCCCCAAAAAAUUUAUCUGGUAGAUUAGUCGCAGCUACUUGGUGGCUAUUUGGGUUUAUUAUCAUUGCAUCCUACACGGCCAAUUUGGCUGCUUUUCUAACUGUGUCCCGUCUGGACACUCCCAUCGAGUCUCUGGACGAUCUGUCCAAACAGUACAAAAUCCAGUAUGCUCCAGUCAACGGCAGCUCUACCAUGACUUACUUCCAAAGAAUGGCGGACAUUGAAGCCCAGUUUUAUGAAAUCUGGAAGGACAUGAGCUUGAACGACAGCUUAAGCGAUGUUGAACGAGCCAAACUAGCAGUGUGGGAUUAUCCAGUAUCGGAUAAGUACACGAAAAUGUGGCAAGCGAUGAAAGAAGCUGGAUUGCCGCCUGAUUUGGAUACGGCAAUUGAGCGCGUGAAAAAGUCAAAGUCUUCAUCUGAAGGUUUUGCCUACUUAGGAGAUGCAACCGACAUUAAAUACCUGGAAAUAACCAAUUGCGAUAUGGCAAUUGUUGGCGAAGAGUUCUCGAGGAAACCCUAUGCUAUUGCGGUGCAACAGGGCUCGCCAUUAAAGGAUCAGUUCAAUACUGCUAUCUUGCAGCUUCUCAACCGGCGCGAACUGGAGCGCCUGAAAGAGAGAUGGUGGAACAAGAACCCGGAGAAGAAACAAUGCGAAAAGGCGGACGAUCAAGCGGAUGGAAUCAGCAUCCAGAACAUCGGCGGAGUUUUCAUUGUGAUUUUCGUUGGAAUUGGGUUGGCAUGCAUCACAUUGGCUUUCGAAUACUGGUGGUAUAAGUACAGGAAAAACACCAGAGUUACCAAUGUGGCUGAAGCCCCGAAUAGCCGACAUCACAAAGUGGGUGGCGUUCAGAAGGGUUUUCCGCGGCAGUUCGAGGGCGAGAGCGACAUGAAGAUCACCAAACUGUACCCGAAAACGAAAUUUUAAGCCUUUUUCUGUGUGGAGCACCAGUAGGGUAGGUUUUUCUGAACAUCCCACAGUGUGUGUUAAGUGUGUGAAUAUUUUUUGUCAGCAGCCUAAGAAAUGAUAGGUUUUAGUGUUUUCCAACUCAUACAGCCUAUGAUGAUGGUUCACCAGCUUUGUGCUUGUGCUUCAUUGCAAAAUACUUUCUUUUCUUAUACCAAAACUGUAAAGAGUGUCGUUUAAUAAAUUUGUCUUUGUUC